CAACACGUGAUGCCGCCGACCGGGCCCCUCCCUCCAGUCCACAACAUGCGCUAAAGUGAUGAGCAAGAAGCCUCGUCUUUAUGGAAACUGCCGAAACCCACCACUCCGCGCACGGCAACGAAAGCGAGUCCAUCGGCAUCGCUAUUAUUGGCGGCGGCAUCUCUGGUUUAUGCCUAGCCCUGGGUCUUCUUAACACCGCACCCCACCUUCACAUCCACAUCUACGAAGCCGCCGACCACUUUGCUGCAAUCGGAGCCGGUGUGGCUUUUGGCAUCAAUGCCCAGCGCGCUCUGUGGAAACUUGACCCGCGCCUGGGCGAGGCGUAUAGCAAGCUCAGCACCAGUAAUGUCGAUGCCAACACUCGCUCGCGGAAAGAAACCUACCUCCGUGUCGUCAUGGGAAUGGAUCAUGCCACCCUCCCGCUUCUGACGGCGGGGACAAAGGUUUCCGAGGUGUUUUGCGAAGGUGGGUUCAGUAGCGUCCACCGUGCAAGGCUGCUCGAUGCGAUGCUCGACUUGCUUCCGGACGAUUUCCGAAACACACAUGUCACGUUCGGCGCAAGACUCGUUUCCCUGCACGAUGUACACCACGUGGACGGGCGUGGACGCGUCAAACUUACGUUUGCUGAUGGCCGGAUAGCCUGUGCUGACGCAGCCAUUGGGUGUGAUGGAAUCAGAAGUCAGCUGAGACGGAUUCUGCUCGAAGCAGAGGAAGCACAGCCGGUCUUCAGCGGAAAAUAUGCCUACCGUGGUCUGAUUCCAAUGGAUAGGGCUGUAGCGGCACUGGGUGACUGGUCGGCUCGAAACGCCCACCAUAGAAUUGGGUACGGGGGUCAUGUUCUUACUUUCCCCAUUGACAAAGGCAAGACCAUGAAUGUCGUCGCCUUCCGAACCAAGAGCGAUGGGGUCUGGCCGGCAGACGCCGAAUGGGUUACAGCAGCUACCAAAGAACAAAUGCACGCGGACUUCGCAGGCUGGGGGCAGGACGUCCACGCCAUUCUGGACAUGAUGGAAAGGAGUGACAUGUGGGCGCUAUUCGACCACGCUCCGGCACACACGUACCAUCGAAGCGGCCAGCUGUGUCUAAUUGGCGAUGCCGCUCAUGCUAGCACUCCGCACCACGGCUCCGGCGCCGGAAUGGCCGUCGAAGACGCCCUAUUAAUCAGCAGCCUACUAAGCGAUGUUCAAGCAAGCUCGCAGUUACAUUGUGUCUUCAGCACAUUCGAAGCAAUGAGGAAAGAACGAACUCAGAGGCUGGUGCAGCAGAGUCGGAUGCAAUGCAUGAUCUACGACUUCGAGGCACCAGAGAUAGGCGACGAUGUCGAAAAGAUCGCCCAGACCCUACCUCAUCGCUGGGACUGGAUAUGGGAUCAUGAUGUCGAGGCUGAGCUCCAGACUGCUCGGACGUUGCUUGCAGAUUCAACCCAUAAGUCACCUCCAUCUCUUGUCACAUAGAAUCUACAACUUCCUGAGCACUACCAUCCUCCCCCCUUUUGUCUGCCCCUUGACGAUCCCAAAGUCAUCCGUGCUCACGAUCUCCAUGACAUUCCGCGCUGCCAACGACUUCACUUCACUUUGAUACCCGUUGCUCUCGAAGAUCUCAUCAUGCACAGUGGCAACAAUGAUCCCG